AUGUACGACUUGAACGGAAAUGUUAUUCUGGUGCAGGCGUUCUAUGAAUGCAGUGAAAGUUUGCCAGAAAACGUGAUGAUUGGACAUCGGUAUUUGUCCGCAUCAAACGAUGUGUUAGGCACUCUCCCUGAAAGUGUUGUUAAGGGAUUUCCUCUUAUAAUGCAGCAGAGAAGCGGUUUUACGCUGCGUCUUUAUGAUUAUUUAAUAACUGGUAUUUAUCAAGGACAAAACUUCAUGGAAUUAUCUGAAGGCAUUGCAUCAAUGAAUUACAGACAGUACAUGCGUAAUAAACCGGACAGCAAAGAGUUAUCUGUAAAGGAGUUUGAGAGUAUUCCUUUCAUUGCCUAUCCAAGCAACGAUAAACUAAUGGAUUUGUUUCUCAUGCAGUUUGAGCGGAACAAAAAACAUUAUGAGAAUAACAUGCGGAAACACACAGGGGAGAUUCUGUCCUGUGACCACACCUUUAGAACGAGUAAACAUAUCGGGGUAACCCGCGAGGACGGCAAGUUUGUAGGCCAGUUUAAAAACGUCUUCUUGGGGGUGAACGAAAACGGAGAAGUUAUGAUAUGGAAGUUUACGAAGACGACUCCUUCGUCCGAAAUUAUCGACUCACUUAAAGAACUGAAAGAGAGGCUUGAUAAGGCAAGCACUAACUUAAAAAUGAUAAUAGUGGAUGACUGUUGCCACGUGAUGCACCUAUAUGGACAAAUAUUCCCGGGGAUAAAGGUUCGGCUAGACUUAUUUCACGCGUGUAUGAGAGUUGUACAAACGGUACGCAAAAGCGAAGAUUACAGUAAACAAUUUGCUAAUGAAUUUUCUUUAAUUUUCCGUCAAAAUGGAGACCUUGGUAACGAGAGAACAAUGAGCCGCACCUUGUCCUGAUGAAAUAGAAUCAAAUCUUGAACGUCUUCUAUUUGUUUGGAGCGAAAAGCUGAAAACGGAAACCCUUCUUCAAAUUGAAAAUUUGCGCAAGCAUAUAAAAAAAGGAUGUCUCUCGGAAAUACCUGUUGGAUGUGGGACUGAAAUAAAUGAGCGACUUCACAGACAUCUUAACCGAUCAUUACUGUGCGGAGUAUCCAAAAUUGGACCUGAGUUGGCGGUAGCGGUAAUGGCGUGUGCUUUGUAUGCAUGGAAUUGCAAACGAAGAUUAAAAACAACCCUCAAUAAGAGAACAAUUCCGAUCACGCCAAUUGAAUUAGAGCCGUUAGAGUCUUUAAACCAAGCGACCCCUUAUCUUCAGUCUCACAUGACGGCUGUGGAUUCUACGUCAACGUCAUUACCGGGUUCAAUAUCUGGAACUGUCUCCGAAAAUAGCAGUAAGGCUAGUAGAAUGCCACGGACAUCAUCCGUUUUCGUCACAGUUAAGACUGUGGAAGAACUGGAAAACGAUUCCGUCUUGAACUACAUUUUGGAACGAGCGCUGCACAUACAAGAAUUUAUCACCAGUUGGACAACAAAAUGUAACAACAAAACAAUAGAUUUGAUUGGUCUUCUCUGGAAGAUAAACUUACCGGCAGCUAACCUUUAUGAACAGGAGUCAAAGUUAAACGUUAUGGAAUUAAAUUUGACCCCACAGCACAAAGAUAACCUGUUAAGAAAUCUCACAGGAUUUGAUCUUCAGUUGGACCCAAUUAACAAAGACGGAAACUGCUUCUUCAGAGCAACAGCCCGGCAGCUACAAAAACACUUGCAACGUUCGGAUUUGCAAAAUCUACAGCAUAUUUCCUCACUGGGGCUUGGAAUCAACGAGGAACGUGACACGGAAAACCUCAGACUACUUUUCGUGCGUGAAGUCACUGAAAAUCUCGAUGAAUACAGGGAGUGGAUGUCCUGUUCGUCAAAUGUACGAACAGGGUUACAAAUUUAA